AUGCCCGGGGCGAGGGGCCCUCCACACCCCCUCCGUGGGUGUGUGGUGAGUGUGGGGUGGUGUACCAUGGCUGAUUUUGCCUGGGGAAAUUUUGCGGUAGCAGAUUAUGCCUUGUUAGAAGAUGGCCCUUAUGUGGACGAUUGUGUCUUUGCCCCUGAGUUUAUGUCCAAUGAUUAUGUUCGUGUGACUCAGCUUUACUGUGAUGGAGUGGGUAGACAGUACAAAGAUUAUACCCAUACUGAGGGAAACUUAGAAUUUGACAUCUGCACUAUGUGGUGUAGUAAACCUGUUUCUGUCCUGCAAGAUUACUGUGAUGCCAUUAAAGUCCACAUCUUCUGGCCACUUCUGUUUCAACGUCAGCAGAGCUCUAUAAUAACACGAAUGCACCCCUGUGUAAGGACCAGCGGUUCUCUUGCUUGUGAGAUAAGUUUGAAGAAAUUACAGCAUCUUGAGCUGAUGGAAGAUAUUGUGGAUUUGGCAAAGAAAGUUGUGAAUGAUACAUUCUUUAUCGGAGGCUUAUUGAGAAUCGGCUAUAAAAUAGAGAAUAAAAUCUUGGCAAUGGAAGAAGCUUUGAAUUGGGUGAAAUACACAGGAGAUGUAACAAUUUUAUCUAAAUUAGGAGCAGUUGACAAUUGUUGGCGUAUGUUAAGUAUUUUCUUUACUGAAUACAAGUAUCACAUAACUAAAGUUGUAACAGAAAACUGCAGUUUGCUUGAAGAAUUUAAAACUCAAAGUUGUGCGGAGUGUCUAGAGCAAGGAGAACUAAUGAAAAUGAAAGGAAAUGAAGAGUUUUCCAAAGAAAGAUAUGAUAUAGCUAUUAUCUAUUACACCAGAGCCAUUGAAUGUAGGCCUGAAAAUCACCUGCUUUACGGUAACCGAGCUCUUUGUUUUCUUCGUACUGGACAAUUCAGAAAUGCACUUGGUGAUGGAAAGAGAGCUACCAUUCUGAAGAACAAUUGGACAAAGGGUCAUUAUCGUUAUUGUGCUGCUCUUUCUAUGCUGGGGGAAUAUGACUGGGCCCUGCAAGCAAACAUAAAAGCUCAAAAACUCUGUAAAAAUGACCCUGAGGGAAUCAAGGAUCUAAUUCAGCAGCAUGUAAAGUUACAAAAACAAAUAGAAGACCUGCAAGGUCGAAUACCAGCUAGUAAUCCAGUCAAAGCUUUCUGUGAAAGCAGGGCCUACCUACCUAGUUUAUCAGCACCUACAUUUAGUACUUCACUUAACUUUGUGGAAACUGAAAAAAAAUUCAGAAAAACUAACCACGAAAUGGCAAACGGUGGUAAUCAGAAUCCAAAGGUGGUAGAUGAAGCUCUGAAAGUAGAUGAUUGUGACUGUCAUCCUGAAUUUGUACCACCAUCAAGUCAGCCUCCAAAAUAUAAAGGGAAACAAAAAUCUCGAAACAAUGAAUUGGAGAAGUUCAGCCCUGGUUCACAAGAAACUUUACCAGUAGAUUUGAAAAACAUCUUGGAGAAACAGUUUUCUAAGUCUUCCAGAGCCGCACACCAGGAUUUUGCUAAUAUAAUGAAAAUGCUGAGAAGCUUAAUCCAGGAUGGCUACACGGCCUUGCUGGAGCAGCGGUGCCGCAGUGCCGCCCAGGCCUUCACAGAGUUGCUCAACGGCUUAGAUCCUCAAAAAAUAAAGCAAUUGAACCUGGCCAUGAUUAACUACGUGUUAGUAGUCUAUGGACUUGCCAUUUCACUCCUUGGAAUAGGACAGCCCGAGGAGUUAUCUGAAGCUGAAAACCAGUUUAAGAGGAUGAUUGAACACUACCCCAAUGAAGGACUUGAUUGCUUGGCCUACUGUGGAAUUGGAAAAGUGUAUUUGAAAAAAAACAGAUUUUUAGAAGCUCUUAAUCAUUUCGAGAAAGCAAGAACCUUGAUCUGUCGUCUUCCUGGAGUGUUAACUUGGCCCACAAGUAAUGUGGUUAUUGAGGAGACUCAGCCAGGGAAGAUAAAGAUGCUGUUAGAGAAAUUCGUUGAAGAAUGCAGGUUCCCUCCAGUGCCAGAUGCCAUUUGUUGCUAUCAGAAGUGCCAUGGAUAUUCCAAAAUCCAGAUAUACAUAACUGAUCCAGACUUUAAGGGUUUUAUACGAAUCAGCUGUUGCCAGUAUUGUAAAAUAGAAUUUCACAUGAACUGCUGGAAGAAGUUAAAAACAACAACCUUCAAUGAUAAAAUUGACAAGGAUUUUCUGCAAGGAAUUUGUCUUACUCCUGACUGUGAAGGAAUCAUUUCAAAGAUUAUCAUCUUCAGCAGUGGUGGUCAAGUUAAAUGUGAAUUUGAACACAAGGUGAUUAAAGAAAAGGUUCCUCCAAGACCUAUUCUGAAACAGAAAUGUUCUAGCCUAGAGAAGUUGAGGCUGAAAGAAGACAAAAAAUUGAAGCGAAAGCUCCAAAAAACGGAAGCAAAAAAAUUAGCACAAGAAAGACUGAAAGAGGACUUAAGGGAAAGUAACCCACCAAAAACUGAAGAGCAGAGAGAAACUAUCAACCAUAUCCAAAGUUGCCAGUUCCUUGAUGACAGAAUUCUGCAGUGCAUAAAGCAGUAUGCUGACAAGAUUAAGUCUGGGAUACUGAAUACUUCCAAGCUUCUCAAAGAAUUGCUUUCUUGGAAGGUUUUAACCACAGAAGACUACACAACAUGUUUUUCUAGCAGAAAUUUCCUGACUGAAGCAGUGGACUAUGUCAUUCGUCAUUUGAUCCAAGAAAAGAACAGAGUAAAGACAAGGGUAUUUCUGCAUGUUUUGAGUGAGCUUAAAGAAGUGGAGCCAAAAUUAGCCACCUGGAUCCAGAAACUUAAUAGCUUUGGCUUAGAUGCCACAGGACCUUUCUUUUCUCGUUAUGGGGCUCCUCUGAAGGAGCUUGAUUUUAGCAUCAUGACUUUUCUCUGGAAUGAGAAAUAUGGUCACAAGCUAGGCUCUAUAGAAGGAAAGCAACUCGAUUAUUUCUAUGAGCCUACGUCACUGAAGGAAGCGCGUUGUUUAAUAUGGCUGCUGGAAGAACACAGAGACAAGUUCCCAGCACUGCAUAAUGCCUUGGACGAAUUCUUUGAUAUAAUGGACAGCCGCUGCACUGUAUUAAGGAAACAGGACAGUGGUGACGUGCCAUUUAAUUCUACCAAGGUAAAAAACAAAGGCAAGAAAAAGAAGCCAAAAGAUUCAAAGCCUAUGUUAGUUGGAUCUGGAACACCUUCAGUCACACCAAACAAUGAGACUGUCACUUCAGAUGAAGACUAUAUCAAACGCAGUUUAAAUUCUGCAGGCCCCUUUGUAGUUCCCGAUCACCUUCGGCAGGAUGUAGAAGAAUUUGAAGCUCUGUAUGAACAGCACAGUAAUGAGUAUAUUGUCCGGAAUAAGAAGCUGUGGGACAUAAACCCAAAACAGAAAUGUUCAACUCUGUACGACUAUUUCUCUCAGUUGUUGGAGGAACAUGGUCCCUUGGACAUGAAUAACAAGAUGUUUUCUGAAGAAUAUGAGUUCUUCCCAGAAGAAACACGACAGAUACUAGAAAAAGCAGGAGGUUUGAAAGCGUUUCUCCUGGGGUGUCCUCGUUUUGUUGUGAUUGACAACUGUAUUGCGUUGAAGAAAGUCGCGUUACGGCUCAAGAAAAAGAGAAAGAAGAAAAACAUUAAGACAAAAGUAGAAGAAAUUUCAAAAACAGGAGAGUGUUUACGAGUUAAACUACCACUGAAUCCAACUGCUAGGGAAUUUAAACCAGAUGUAAUAUCUAAACCAGUGUCUGAGGUACCUUCAGCACCAGCUUCCGAGGAUGUGAGGCCUCAGCCUGCAUCUGCCAAUUCUCCCCAAUCAGCUCGUGACACUGGGAAGCCAAAACCAGUUUCCGACAAUUCUUCCAGAUCAGUUUCUGAGGAUGAGAAGCCCAAAGGGGUGUCUUCUGAUUCUCCCAGGCCAGUUUCUGAGGAGACUGGUCACAAGCCAGUCUCCUCUAAUUCUCCCAAACCAGUUCCCGAGGAAGUGAAAGCGACCUAUUGGCCUCGACCCCAGCUGGUCACAGGAUACUGUACAUACCUUCCCUUUCGGGGGUUUGACAUCACCCAGACACCACCAGCCUUCAUCAGCGUGUUACCGACUUUGCCCCAGUAUAGCAUUUACACCCCUCUGGCCAGCGUUCCUGCUGAGUAUCACCUGCAGAGACCAAUACCUGUGGUGCCAUCUUUUGUAGCAAGUGACAUAACGGAGCUGCACUUUGAGUCUCAUCAUUUCAGUGCUGAGAAUGCCCCUGGUAGCCAGAUUGCCUCCGAAACACAGAUCCUUGAGGAAUCUUUGGAAACACCGGUGAAGUCAGAGUACAGCUCGAAUAGUGCUGAUAUAGCCCAGAGUGAGGCUAGCAGAAACGAUGACCGCUGUGGAGAUUCUGCCACGUGGGAAGUAAAUCCGGAAAGCACCGAUGAAGUAACACAUAUUCCAUGUACACAAGUGGUUGCUGUACAGGUGUCUUGGAAUAGGACACAUCAAGAAGUCAAUACUGAACCAUAUGGUCCUUUUGAGUCACAACAGGGGGGUAUUUCACAGAUUGAAAAGGAGUACCAGGUUUUACAAGAGCAACUUAAGGGAGCAUGUGAAAAUUAUGAACAGAACAAUGUCAAGGGCUCAGAAGAAACCAAGGACUUGGAAGAAAAGUUGAAAAGGAACAUCGAAGAAAAUAAGAUCUCAAAGACAGAGCUAGAUUGGUUCCUUGAAGAUUUGAACAAGGAAAUUAAAAAAUGGGAACAGGAGAAAAAAGAAAUCCAAGAAAGACUAAAGACACUGAAGAAGAAAAUGAAAAAGGUGUUAAAUGCCAGAGAAAUGUAUACCCAGGAAAACCAUGGAAAGGAAAAGGCACUUGAAUUACUUCUGGAUCAGUCCCUUGAAAUCAGUAAUACAUUUACAAAUGAGAAAAUGAAAAUAGAAGAGAGUAUAAAGAAAGGGAAAGAGCAUUAUGAAGAGAGUCUUCAAAGGGCUGUGGAUGCAGAGGUAUCUGUGCUUGAAAACUGGAGGGACAUGGAAGUGUGUAAGUUACAGACUGUGGAGUCACAAGCUGAAGGGUUUCUCAAGAACCUGAAGCUAAUGAGCAGUGAUUCAGCAGCGUAUCCUGACAUGGACUCAGACAUACAUUCAUGGGAAUCAUUUCUUUCUGAUGUUAGAGAAGAAAUUGAGAAAGCAAAGUCUCAGUUUGAAGAACAAAUUCAGGCAAUUAAAAAUGGUUCUCAGCUCAGUGAACUUCCAAAAGUGCAGAUUUCUGAGCUUUCGUUUCCUGCCUGUAACACAAUUCAUCCUAAAUUACUUCCUGAGUCCUUAGGCCAGGAUGGUCAAGGUCCCUCCACUUCUACAAGUCAUGGGACCAGAGACCAGACAGCAGCUCCCGAGGAGUUAAGUCUGGGCUCUGCCGCUGACACCCCAGUGGGGUCGCCCUCCUGCGACCAGAAGGCCACCCAGCUGCCAGGGCGUGAGGGCGCUGGCCAGGCAGCUGGGCCAGAACCACGCCUGAUGGCUGAUGAGAAGUUACCUGCUGCUCCAGAGCAUGCCACCCGUUCAAGCCAGUCCCCGAAGAGGCCGUUCAACAGCAUCAUUGAGCACCUGUCGGUGGUGUUCCCAUGCUACAGCAGCACGGAGCUUGCUGGUUUUAUUAAAAAAGUUAGAAACAAAAACAAGACCUCUCUGUCUGGAUUGAGUAUUGACGAGAUUGUGCACAGAGUGACAGACUACAUCCUUGAUGAAGAGAAAAAGAGAAAGCCAAGUCCAGGAAAGGACCGGAGGCCGUCUUUGCCCAGCUCUGCUGUUCCUGCGCCCAGGGCCGCCCAGGACCCGCCCUCCGUGCUGGUCAGAGCACCACCCGAAACCGAGGGGCCGCAGACCAAGGACGUCCCUGUGUCCUGUGCAAAUUCCUGCGAAAUCUGCCGAGAAGUAUUCAAGUCCAAAAAUGUGCGUGAGCUGCAGUGUGGGCACAGAUUUCACAAAGGGUGCUUCAAGCAGCGACUGAAGAGCCAGCGCACCUGCCCAGCCUGCCUGGGUCACACCCUCCUGGCAGAGGAGUAG